UCAAAUUCUUGCAAGUAACGAAACCCAUAAAAAGAAAAAAUGAGUCAGCAACAACAUAUGAAGCCUGAAGAAGAAGCGAUCAGAUACGGAGAUGUAUUCGACAUACAAGGCGAGCUUGCGGAGAAGCUGGUGGCGCCUAAAGACGCCGCCAUGAUGCAGAUAGCGGAGAAUGCCUUGCUCGGCGAAACCAAUAAGGAUUGCGCCGCCGCCGCUAUGGAAUCUGCGGCGAUGAUGAACGAGAGGGCUGGAUUCGUCGGUCCCGACGAUGUCAAUGUCCACAGUGCUGUUACUGUCGAAGAGACUCAUCUCGAUGGGAAACGUAUAAUCACAGAGUCUAUUGAUGAUAAGGUUAUCGGGAAAUAUAGCCAGGAAGUUCCAUUGUCAUACUCGGCUUCUGGACCGAGUGGUGGUUCCAGAAGUCUAAUCACGAUCGGAGAAGCACUCGAAGCAGCCGCUCUUACAGCAGGGACGAAGUCGGUAGAUUGGAGUGAUGCAGCUGCAAUACAGGCGGCGGAAGUGAGAGCCACCGGCCGUAGCAACAUAAUUCCCGGAGGCGUUGCCGCUGCAGCUCAGUCAGCUGCCACUCACAAUGCCAAUGCAAUUAGAGAAGAGGACAAGAUCAAGUUGAGUGAUAUCCUCUCGAAUGCAAUGGAGAAGUUGCCAUCAGAUAACACAGUAACAAAAGAUAUCGCAGAAGAGGUGAGUGUUGCAGAGAUGAGGUGUGAUCAGACGUUCACGGCACGUCCGGUGGGUGUGGCGGCUUCUCUGGCGACGGCUGCUAGGCUGAACAACAAGACCACCAAUUGA